UAAUUCAUACACUCACACAGUUUGCAAUGCUCAACCUCCAUAUACUUAUUAUCUAUUGUUGCAGUGUAUUGGCACUAGACCUUUAACUAAUAACUUACAGGAAUCAAGUUUAAGCUGAUGGGCUCAACUUGCCAAAAGACAUUCAUAUGUUAUGAAUAUUUUUGCAUUUGUACACAUUUUUGCAUUUUUACAUUUGCAUAUAGGAUUAUUUUCCAAAUGUGCAUUUAGCCUCUUAACCCUGCAAAUGCAUAAUGUUUAAUAUUGGAACUCAAAUGAUUUUUCCUUGAUAUGAAGGCUGUCAUACGACAAGAUAAGAUCUAAAAGUAAAGUGAAUUGUCAUUGAAAAUAGCCUCUAGGCCUUAAGUUACAGUAACAAGGCACAGGUCUGAAAGGAACAAGUAUUACUGGUAUAACUUGUUGCCACAGAGAGGAACAUAGUGAGUGUGUGUGUGUGUGUGUGUGUGUGUGUGUGUGUGUGUGUGUGUGUGUGUGUGUGUGUGUGUCUGUGCGUGUGUGCGUGCGUGCGUGCGUGUGUGCGUGUGUGUAUUGCUAAACAUGGUUACUAAAAUCUGUUGCAAAGAAACAUGGCACAGGUCUGAAAGGAACAAGUAUUACUGGUAUAACUUGCCACAGAGAGGAACAUAGGGAGUGUGUGUGUGUGUGUGUGUGUGUGUGUGUGUGUGUGUGUGUGUGUGUGUGUGUGUCUGUGCGUGCGUGCGUGCGUGCGUGUGUGCGUGUGUGUAUUGCUAAACAUGGUUACUAAAAUCUGUUGCAAAGAAACAAGGCACAGGUCUGAAAGGAACAAGUAUUACUGGUAUAACUUGCCACAGAGAGGAACAUAGGGAGUGUGUGUGUGUGUGUGUGUGUGUCUGUGUGUGUGUGUGUGUGUGUGUGUGUGUGUAUUGCUAAACAUGGUUACUAAAAUCUGUUGCAAAGAAAAUGAUAAAGAAUAAAUUAUGGUUAUCAGAUGUAUUGUUUUACAGUUAGUUGCAUCUUACUGUAGCUCAUUUUACUUACUGCUGUUAUUUUUGUUCUGACAUUACAUCCUUAACGUUUUUUUCAUUCAUGUAAUGAUAAUAAGUUAAAUCGCCUAUGAGGAAUCACUGAGGACAAGACUCUUGACUGUAACUUCUCAGGGCUGAAAACGGAUGGUCUGUGGCGUUAAGUUUAUUUUUUGAAACAUUACAAUUUUUUCCAAAUUGCUAACACACUAAAAUGACAUUCAUAGCACAAUUAUUCAAACUGACACACAGAGAGCAACACAUCCUCUCGAGUCUCCAAAUGUCUAAACACAUUUUCAGCUUUACAUACAUUUUGCAAUGCAAAAUGGCACUUUUUGCAUGCACUGAACACGGUUUUCUGCAUAAGACACAAAAAUCUGACAUAAAGUCACAUGUUUGCAGUUUCAAAACAAUGCCAUCCAAGAUAAUACACAUGAGCUAAUUGACCAAUACGUGUGCCACCUUACCAACCACCUCAAUGCUUACAGUAAUUUAUACCACUUCCAUCAGGAAGUAAGCACUAUGAAAAGACCACAGGUAAGGUAAGGCAAGGCAACUUUAUUUAUAUAGCACAUUUUGUCCAGCAGGGCAACCCAAUGUGCAUUACAAAGAUAAAAACAAUACAGUAAAAACAUUGAACAACGAGCACCUUUUUUACAACAAAAAUGGAUGACAUUGCAGGGAGAGAGAAGAGGAAGAGGGAGAGUGAGAAUGAGAGGGGAAGGGAGAGUCCAAUAUAAAUAUACUUGCUGUGCAUAUGUUGCAUUGACUUGUUUGGUGAAACAAAAAAGUUUGAACAGCAUGCAUCUGUAUCUGCAAAUAUGUAUGUGCACAUAAAGAACUUUCUACAAUUUAAGCUAUUUUAGUAUAAUGGCAAAGCAUACUAAAGAGAAGAGUGUUUUUCAUUAUGACCAACAGUGUUUAUUUGGUUAGGCAAAAACCUUGUGAAAGAAUGAUGUGUGUGCCAUGUGGUGCAAAAGUUUGAUUUUGGUAAUGUUAUAUGCAGUUUUGGUUGCAGUGCUUCAUUUUGCUAGGUAGAUUGAGGUAUUUCGCAAUUUGAGGUGUGGUUUUGUGAAUUGUGUGUGAAUUUUCAAAAUUGUGUGCGAGUUUUCAAAAUUGUGUUUUAGCAAUUGGAAAAAACUGUAAAAGGUGUGGCCAGUCCACAUUCGCUAAUUUAAUGGUGUGACUGUGAUCAAAUGUCGGGUGCUUGGUGCAAUAAGUUGUUCAUAUAUUUCUUAGUCUAUUUCAGUCACUUGAUGCAAAAGACGAGGAUUCCGACUCCUGUGUGAAUGAACUGCUCUUGUUCAACAUCUAACAAGUUGUGCUUGACGCAGAAAAUGCUCCAUGUCCUGUGUGAAUAAAAUGGACAUCUAAUUUUUGCCAGCUUACAAUUGAUGCUCACUGACAGGGCCAGCCAAACAAUGUCCCUGCACACUGCUUUAUCUACUUCCUAGUCCCAACCCCGCCCUAUAUUACCAAAGUGGAAAACUAAGCAGAGGAGGGUUGCCUGCAACAGGUUCUCCAUGGGGGGGAGGUGUAGAUAGCCUGCACUGGCAUCCUAUGGGUCUUAUCAAUCCCCUAUGGGAUAAAUACUAUAUCCUGUCACAUGUAUAAGAUAUGUUGUGUAUAAUAUUGUUGAAUACACUGUAUGUUAUGUGAUGUAGUGCUUUGGAGCCCAAGACGAAGUAUGCGCUAUCUUAUAUUCUCCCACCGCUCACCAUUCAUGCUCAGGUUCUGAAAAGGGUCCUUGAUGAAGACUAACAGUAUAUUGGAAAUUAGGAUGACCUCCUAGCAACUGUUUGGAUUAUUGUGUUCUACAGAAUGGAGGAUAUAAUAAAGUUGCCCAUUGAGAAAUGGACAGAGGACCAAGUGAGCUCCUGGCUACGUGGCAUAGGAGUAAAGGAGAAGUACAUUAGCAAGCUCUGUGAUGAGGAAGUGGAUGGACCUGUCCUCCGGGACAUAACUGAAGACUAUCUUGUAAAGAAAACAGGAAUGAAAUCAGGCCAAGUUUUUUUGAUCCUCAACAACAGAGACCAGCUCAUACAACCAAUUAAAAAAACACAAAAGGUAAAAGGAAAACAGCAACGACCCACAGAAAAAGAAAUCACAGGGGGUCCAAAGGAUGAAGACAAGCCAAGAAUGGGAAAAGAGACAGAAAACCCAUCUAUGGUUUGCAAAUCCAGAAUCCAGAAAGCUGCAGAAGAACCACAACCUGACCAAACACCUCCCGAGGAGGACAAAACAAAUCCUGUAAAGGAGACCGUGGUCGUGCCACUCACAAAGAGGGACUGUAAACCCAGACCGUUCGGGAAAGUGGGCAUUAAUUUCACAUAUAUCAGUUCCAAUAUCCUUCAGCCUGAAACGGGCAUUUUUGAUCUUAUUUCUCCCUGUCAUGAAUACAAAUCAUUUGACAUUGCUUCCAAAUUAGAUCGCCCUAGAUUACAGGCAAAGUUAGCUAAGGAAAUCCUCAAAUUUGGUACUGGUUGCAUGAACAUCAGAUCUAAUGGCACAAUCCAUUUUGGAGUUAUGGAUAGUAGGGAGGACACAGGCUACGUCCAUGGUGAAAUUAUUGGCAUACCAGUGACAGACAAAGACAUUUAUGUCAAUGCUCUAGAUCACAUAGAGAAAUGUUACUCUCGUUAUUCUGAAGAUGCUCGGAAGUGCAUACGUCCGCCAGUGUUCAUUGAGGUCAUUGACGUACAUACAGGUGAGAAUAGGUGUGUUGUAGAAGUUGACAUUGUACCCUUACUAAGCAUUGUGAAGAACAAAGUGUAUACUGUUCGCCUGCCAAACUUUAAUGAGAGCUCCAACAAGAUCGUAUAUGAGAAGGAGGCUGUCUAUUGUAGAGUGGGUGCUUCAACCCAGCCAAUGGAAGACCGAGAUGAGUUUUACCAGCGGGUCUCUACUCGGGAUGCACAAAGAGAGGCUGCAGAGAACCAUCAGUGUGUCACCAUGCCAGAAGCCUGCCCAGAUCUGGGGAGGAAACUCACAAUGCUUAUUACAGAUGGGAACAAAUAUAUUGAAAAGGGCACAUGGUUCAUCCUGGUUACAAACAAAUUCCGCAGUGAACAUUUGAGCAGCAUUGACUUUUUGCUGAAUAUGAGGAUCUUCUCUGUCUUUGAUUUUGAUCCUGAUUCCAAUUUGUCUGGACUCUGUCAGGAAUACCUGAAACAUCAUGCUGCAAACUUGCAGUUCAUGCACAACUACAAAACAUCAAGUAGUGUGACCUUAGAAGAACUUCAAAAGAAAAUGCAUUUCUUUCAACAAACCAACUGGAUCUUCUGUAAUGGUCGCAAUGAUUUCAAAGGAGCGGAACCGUGUGAUGACAAGACCUGGUUCAAAACUAAAAGGACUCAACUCAAAGAAUGUGUGUCACUGAUCUGCAAACAGAUCCUGCCCAAAGGUACCUUCACAUUGAUCUUCCUUCUUACUUCUCCAGUUGAGAAACCUCUCCUGCACACCUACAGUGAAUUCUUCUCUGACAUGGGGAGUCAUAAAGACAUCAUUUGCAUUUCAGAAUCUGGGGAUAACUUUGAAAAAUGGCAGAGUUUUGCAGUGGGGAGUUUUUGUGAUGAAUUCACGGUGAACCAGUAUAGUGUUGUCGGGAUUAAAAUGAGCCAUGUUAAUGCAACACUUCAGCGUAUCCAGUCUGUGGCUCCUCAAACCAAGCAUCUACCCACUUAUUCAAAGUUAGUGUGUCUCCUUAAGAAUCUAGAGGAGGAGAAGAUGUAUUCACUAGAAAUUCUUUAUAUGGACCACUGUGAUGAAACUAGAAAAGACAUCAUUGAAGCUGAAAAAAAAAACAUUGAACAGGACUUCUACCAUGGCGGAAAAGCGAGCUGGAUGAAUUUCUGGCUGGCAGAGAAGGGGCAUGUUUCGGAGGUCAUUGAAAGGGAUGCUUUCCACGAAAUCUCAAAAAUCCUCAGUGACUGCCUUAAUAACAGCGCAGAUCAAUUGCAUGUUCACAGCCUCAACAUAUUUCAUCACCCAGGCAGCGGGGGCAGCACUGUUGCCCGACAAGUCCUGUGGAAAAACCGGGAAAAGCUCAGAUGUGCAGUUGUGAAACCAUCAUGUACUGCUGUCAUAGCAGCUGAACAUGCAUGUCGCCUUCGAACAUAUGAGGAAAAUGACAUCCAAAAAUGUGUGCCAGUUCUUUUGCUUGCAGAAGACUGCGAUGAUGAUUUUUUAGGUGACUUAAAGAAUGAGCUGGAGAAUGCUACCAGACAAAUUGCACAAGGAACACUGUGCUUCAUUGUCCUGAGCUGUAGACGAUCCUUUGAUGGAGCAAAAAAGUGUAAGGAGGAACCAUUUUACAAUGUGCAGGUGACUCUCAAGCUAUCAGAUGUAGAAAAGGAGCAAUUUGCCGGUAUACUGGAGAAGCUUAAACAAAAAUACAAGCCAGAAUUCAUCUUGACAUUUGUUCUGAUGAGCAAUGGAUUUCAAGAAAAGGAGAUUUCUAGUUAUGUGGGAAAUUUUGUGAAUCAUUUGCUUCAGGACCUUGACCAUGACCAUCUUGUCGCUCAUCUCUUCCUUUAUGUGGCACUGCUGAACACUUAUGUGCAGGACUCUUUCCUCUCCCGGUCCCAUUGUGAAGCUCGAUUUAUUCGUUCUAUACAGCUGGAAAAGUUCCAGUUACUCCAAGGUGAUGUUACGGAAGAAUUUCACCAGCAUGCUUUUGAGGAAGCAUUAACUAAGCCGGGAAGACUGGUUUUUAUACACCUGAGAGAUGAAAUAACAAACAUUAAAUCCAUCAGAAUCAUUCACCCCUUAGUUGCAAAAGAAAUACUGCGGCAGCUCUUACGUCAGAAGCAGGAGAGUAAAUUGGCUCUGAAACUUCUCCAUGAUGAUGUCUUGUUUGAGCACAGGUUUGGGAGGGGAGACUAUGUGAAGUUUCUGCGAGACUUGUUCAUGAGGCAUGACAGGAUCAGCAAAGGAGACGAAGAGGACAGUUUCUUCUCCCCCCUUAUUAUGCAUGUGAGAGAUACAGAAAGUUCCGAGAUGGCAAUUAUUCUCCUCGAAGAGGCAUACAAGCGUUUUGACAAGGAUCCUCUAUUUGCUCAACAAUUGGCUCGCCUGAAUUACAGUCAGGAGAAAUUUGAAGAGGCAGAACGUUGGGCUGAACUGGCUGCCGAGAAAUUGCCAAACAACCCAUCUAUUUUACACACCAAAGGCCAUGUGUACAGGAAAUGGUUCUACAAAAAGGUGUCAGUCCUAAAGAAAGAGAAUAAAACAGGAGAAAGAAUAGCAGAUGCGGUCAGAACUGCUAUCAAAGCCAUGGAUAGCUUUCAGGAGUGUCAGAGAACAGCUAUUGCAGCUGUUGAAUCUAUGAGCAAUGCAGGAUUUUUUGCAGCAGCUGAAGUGGGAUGUCACUUAUUGCAGCUAUUUUUCACUUCAUCUGUGUUCACUAACAAAACAGAAUGUAUGAAAUAUUUGCUCACUGACCACAUUCCUGACAAUUUGAAGAAGCCAUGGGAGGAUUUUCACAGCAAACUUAAAGAUCUUCAUAACAUCAUUCAGACAUCUCUGGAGUGGAUAUCAGAGGACCUAAGCUAUUUUCAGACAAACCCAAGUGCAGACGAGGAGGAGACUGAGGUUCAAAUAAAGCAUCCUAAGACGUGGUUGGUGAGAAAGUCAGUAGAGUUUGGGAAAUAUUUCAGUGCACACAAUGCUCAUCCUGAGUCUGGAUCAGACAUUCCAACCCCUGCCAUGACACGCAUGAAAAUAUACCAACUGGGUGGUGGAAACAUAUCCAACAUCUUCUCCAUUUUGACUGAUUCCAAAAGAAAAAAUAAAGUCAAAGUUCUGGAGGACCUCAUAUGUUUGUACAAACAACUGAGGGGAAAGAUGGAUAACAUGGAUCUUGUCAACUAUAUAGCCUCAAACAUCACUCUUAGUUGUCUCUCAACUCAGUCUAAAGCAUUGGCCUCUCUUAAAGAGCUUCAAGAUCUCAGCCAGAAGUUUCCCAGUGACAAACAGAAAUGUCAACCAAAUGCUCUCUUCUUACUGACACUCCUGUUCUGGCCCGAAGACCACGACAGUGAAGAAGACAAGGGGAAAAAAUAUGAAUUUGUGUUGUCCGUGGUCAAAGUUCUUACAACCCACUACUUUGACAAAAUGAAGGAUAUUCCCGCAAGAAAAACAAGACCUUACACACAUUUUUUCUUGGGAAAUGGAAAUGGAUUGGGAAAGAUUGUUCACAAGAGCAAGGUAGAAUCCAUCACAAAACCCCUGCCAGUGUCAGAGAAGAGAAUAAGGUGGUACCAUGGAGAGGGGUGGAAGAUGGCAGAAACAGCCAAACUGUUGAGACUGAUUUCUGGCAGGACAGAAGAUGGAAAAAUCUAUCUGGAAGGCCCUCAAAAGGUUGAAUUCAUGGUCCCUGCUCUGAAUGUAGCAUCUCUCCCUUAUAGCAAUGAAAAUGUCACAUUUUACUUGGGCUUUACAAUGAGGGGCCCUGUGGCAUUCAAUGUCACCAUUAAGAAAAAAUGAGGAUCAAAUGUGACCUGCUUCAGGUGCUAUUAUACUUGGAAGGAACUGGCAAGAGAGAAGAAAUGUGUAUGUUUCAUAUUCUGUCUAGUGGAAUCAAUCAAUAACCAUUCACAUUUUUCAUAUAGGCCAUUUUGUGAUCAUGUGUCUAUGUCUUUUGAUCUCAACAAGCAAGUUAUGGCAGUAUUUUGGAUAUGUUCAUGUAAUCUGAAAUCAAAUGCAUAUAGCACAUCUGCCUUUUGAAUAAUUAUAUUUUGCAUUAUAUCAUACAGUCAAAACAAUUGACACUUUGCUGAGAAUGUCUCAUGAGUAUACAUUGGGACGGUAACCUGCCAUUUGUAAGGUCCUUGGAAAGGUACUGUACAUUGCACUGAAUGUGAUUUCUACAUUUCCUCUAAAUGUGGUUUCUGAAUAAUUUAAGUGUGUCUAUGCUCUUCUGAUUGUGAACUGUGACAUAUUUGUGAAAUGGGAAAGAUAUGAAUUAUUUUUAUUUUUAUUUUCUCUUCUACUAUUUGUGCCAUACAUGAAAGUACUGUGUGAUGAUAUGAAGUGUGGAUUUUGGAUUAUGUCACCAAAUGUCUUAAUAUGUAAAUGCAACUUUGACCAUUAGAAUGGAAAUGACACUAGAAAUAAUUAAAGAUCUACUGAACAAAACAGAUUGUACAGUAUACUCAAUGACUA